AUGGACAUCAUGAUGCGUCUUAAGGGUACAGAAUUCUUGACGAUUGCGAAUGCUUUUCGUGAGCGUGAAAAGCGACUUGGUCAUGGAUUACCACUUGUCGAAUUUGUCGAAAUUGUAUUAUCAGGUUUACCACAUUUCGACACUUUGGAUGAAAAGAUUGCAACUGUCAGUGCUUUAAUUGAUCUGUUUGAAGAAAUUGACAUUAAUGGAGACAGUGUCAUGGAAUUUAAAGAAUUUACUAGCUUUUGUGUUGAAGCCGGUAUGACCGCACCACGAACACAAGGAACUACUCUCAAGCAUCGCUAUCAACGUGAUCCCAAAUCUACAUUUAAGACAACGGCUGGUUCAAUUGUUCCAACUUUAAGUUCAAUAUCUCGUGCUGUCAAUUUGCCUAGCACAAAAAUUAGUAAUUUGAAAUGGUCGGCAGAUUUUCGCAUGUUCCUUGUGAUAGAAAACUCAGCGCAAUCUGUGAAAUUUUUUACGGGCGAAGGCAAAUUUGUGACGGAUGUAAGCGUCAGAUCUUCUGGGUCCAAAGUUACAACAUCAGAUAGUAGCAUUAAGAUUGAUAAAUCGAUUUUGAAUGGAGUGUUUGGAAAAGAUAAGAAAUCUGUAUUGAUGCCACCAUCAGCCACACCUCUUGAAACUCUUAGUCUCUCAAUCCUGGAUGCAGUCUUUAUCUAUCGCUUCCUGUGGCUCGCUGUGAGUACGACAGAUUCCGUGAUAUCAUUUUACAAAUUAAAUGAAUCACGAAGACAAUUGUCACCACGCAAUACUCCACGUAGCAAAAAUUUUGAGCUGCUACAAAACUUGGGGAUAUUAGCCACUACACCACAAAAAAUGCUACGAUUUUGCGAAUCAUCUGCGUUAUUACUUGGAUCUGGAAACGAUUUUAUCGUGAAUGUUUGGAAAAUUGUCGAUAUCGAAACGAAAAUUCUCUUGCGACGUUUAUCAGGUCACUUUGAUCUGGUCAUGGACGCACUGGAAGUUCCGUUGCAUGACUUGCUCGUCACUUGCGAUCUUCAGCACAGUAUUCAAUUAUGGAAUCUCAGUGACGGUCGAAAUCGUGGUUCUCUUGUCGCUCAUGAACGUGGCAUUCGACAACUCUGUUACUCUAAGCAACAUGAUUUGCUACUUAGUGCCGGCUUUGAAUAUGAUGUGUUAGCAUGGGAUCUGGCUUCUCGUCAAGUUGCUGUCAAAUUAUCGGGACAUCGUGCACCACUCAUUAGUAUACAACUCGCACUAUUCCAAACUGAACGUGCCAUCACAGCAGAUUGUCAGGGUGUAUUCAAAGUUUGGGACAUUUCAAGAGGAAACACAAAGUCAACAGACACCAGCAUUUUUCAAGCUAUUCAACUCGAAUCCUUCCGAUUGGGGGUGUCGUCAGUGGCCAUGAAACCCGUUGCCUUUGUAAGCAUGUAUCCAUACAGCCGUGAUCUCUGGGUUGCAACUUCUGAUUCUUGCACGUUGCAUCGUCUUCGUAGUGUUCGAGUACAACAGCUUGAUGAAGUGCCGCUUCGAGCUUUCUACCACUCGACUGCCAAUAAGUUUGUAGUAGUGGCUGGAUCAGUUUGUAGCCUAUGGGAUGGCGAAUCGGGAUCUUGCAGCAGUGAAUUUACGCACGUAGGAAUUUUUGAGAGUGAUAAAAGCGUUGCGGAUGAACAAUAUCGAAAACGGUUGUCAAAAUCGAAUUCUGUUGCUUCACUUGUAGAGCCCUCAAUUCCAACAGCUUCUCCCAUUCAUUCAGGUCAUAAUGAAGCAGAUCCAGAGCUAGUAAUCUGCGCAAACGAUGUUAAAUGUCGAAAAUUGGUGGUCAUGUCGGAACAAGGGGUACUUAGUGUGUUUGAUUGUCAAAAUUUUGUUCAGCUUCGAAAAUGUCAGGAAUCGUUUCUACUGCCACCUAGUGUCUCCCACAAGGUCUUAGAUGUCGGUCAGAUACCAGUAGCAACGUCUGCUCGAUCUUGUGCAGUGAAGGGACUGCAUUACUGCUCAGAAAAUAAACUAAUUAUUGUAGCAGAUGCGGGAAGUAGUGCCAUCAUUGUGAUUGAUGACGAUUCCAAUCAAGCUUUAUCGAAUGGAAUGGUCAUCCUACGUCGUCUAAGCAAUAUACCUGAUGGCAUUACCGCAAGUGCUUAUAGUUUUCACGCGUCGAUGGUUGCAACAGUUGGCACAAAAUCGGAAGCAAUGAAGAUUGCGCUUUGGGAUUUCGAAACAUUGGCAUUUAUGGGCAAUUGCCAAUUUGACGACGAACAAGAUCAUUCAAUGGUUGCUAGCAAUAGCGAAUCGAUCUUGUGCAUACAACAAUUGGAGUUUUGGAACAAGUUCCCAGUUUUAUUAGCUAGUGAUUCCCUGGGUGGUGUGUAUUUUUUCGCGGUUACUCCACUAACACACGCAUACACAGGCAAAUUGCUCCAUGCUUUUCUUAAUGUCAAUAAAGUCGAGAAAGCACAACUCAACGAGGUUUUUGAUAGCAACGUUAACAUUAAUGAUCAAACAUUUGAAGCAAACAACGGUAUGAAACAAAAGGAAGCGCGAUGUUCUCAAAAUACUACGGAACCAGUGACUGAGACCAAAUUCAUUUCAUUAGAUCUAUCGGCAUCCGUUGUGACUUGUAUGAAAAUGGUCUAUGACGAAGAAAAGGAUAGGUAUCUGCUUUUCAUGGGUGACGAAAGAGGCUACGUCGGGGUCUGGGACCCCAUUUCUAUGAUACAUAGACUCGCGUUGAAAGAAAUCUCUAAGAAGAACUGCAAAUAUCUGCGUCGUGGAUACCAGCCGAAGGCAAUGUUUCAGCGUAACUGCCUAAAGAAUACACCAGGCAUGGGCGGAAACGAGUUCAAACAGAGCGAAGAAUUUCGACAAUCUUUUCGUCAGGGCUCUGCAAGUAGUAAAAGUCGAUUGUCGUUGCUUGGAAGUGAUGCUGUGAUGCGUAGAAAUGUCCGUGCAUCGAAUAUGAAGACACAACCUUUGUCUCGUCAGCAUAAUCGAGGGCUACUCAGUCACAAGACACAACAAGCAAAUGCUUCAUUGAAAUCUCAUUUGGAUAAAAUUGUUGUCACAAAUUCAGAUGCUGCUGCUAAGUUCUUAAUCUGCAAAGAUAAAGUGUCUAGUUUUCAGAAAGACCACACAUCCGGAGUUGACAAACAGCUAAACACAUUCAAGUCAACAAAGUCUUGGCCUGGUAGUUCAUGCUACGAAAAUUAUCCGCGGGAUAUAAUGCUCUUGUGUCGUUGGCAGGCUCACAUUGAUGCAGUAUCUAGUCUAGAAAUAAGUCAUCAUCCGAACAUUGCCGUAACAUGUGGAUUGGAUAUGCGCGUUUUUGUUUGGAGCUGGGAUGGAGCGUGCUUGGGAAAGCUUUUUGACCCAGACAAUCAAGGGCCGUGGCCUUGGCGCUUUCAAAAAGACAAUGCAACGCGAACGAAGAAGCGUGAGUUGUUUGUGGCGAAUUUAAUACAACAGAUUGAGCGAACUCCAGCAGAAAAGAUUAAAGUACGUCGACAAACGUUGUUUGCCGAACACGUGGAUCGAUGGAGUCUUCACGAGUCCAGUAAGGCAAACUCUAUGUUGUUAGAACAUGUGAUCAGUAAAACUUCAGAGAUUAAAUUGCUAGAACUAGAAACUCAAUCUGGUAACAAGGACCUUCACAAUCAUUCCAAGUCUCAAGAGGCAUUUAAUACACAGCUUGCACCAGUGACAACAACAGCUUCUAUCACAACUCCUAGGCAGACAUUGCGUUUGCAUACUUUAGAUCAAUUAAGCCAUCGAAGUCAGUCUCAAACCCGAUUGGAAAUCGAUCAAGUUGCGUUCUUGGGAGUGGAAGAUCUCAAAAUGGAUAAACAUUAUCUCGAAACUGAACUCUUGAUCACAUGCCCAACGGCAUCUUCACCAAUGCGUCGGCCCAUUAAAGACGCAGGUGUUCAACAGACUGAAAUGGAUAAUAAACUAGCUCGGGAAGCCGUUGCCACUCGAGCGAAGUUGGCACAAAGAGCACGUGAGAUGUAUAGUAACAUGGAAGAUGUUCGUGCUAGCCAUCGUAAACACCGCCUAGACAGCGUCAGCCACGAUCUAGAAGUGUCUGACUUUCUGAAGCAACAUUUUCCACCCUCUGUACUUGCUGCUCGGCCUCAAACAGCCCCAAUUCGUAGUCUCAAGACUAGCGCUAGUGCAGGACACGUCGGGAUCUAUCAACAAAGGGAAAACAAACAACUACAACUACAAAUAUCAGCGUCUGAAAAUAAUCUUCCGACGACGGAGGGUGCAUUUUUUGUCAACACUUUAGGAUCAUCAAAAUCGACGCUGAAUAAGUCUCGACGGAGAAGUUCGCUUGAUGAGGUUUAUACAGAAGAAGCGCACCGCUAUCGUCAGGACAGAUCUCUUAGUCGAGAAAAACUUGGAAUUACGAAAAGCAAUAGCGAAAAGCAGCAAGUAAGACCGCUUUAUAAACUACGAGAAAUUAAUGACAUUAUCGCCAAAGUUCACGAAUACUGCGAUGAAGCAACUCAAUCCCGAUGCUGUAAAGUGCUUGGUGGACAUAACAUGAUGCAGCUCUAA